UCAAGGAGUCUCUCCGCAGCAGACUCUCCACAGAAGCUCCACAGCCACCCUGAAGAUGACUCUCUCUGCCAGCCUGCUGCUGCUGCUCCUGCUCGGCCUCUCUCAGGCUCAUUCUCUCACAGAGGAAGGAAGUGGAGCAGAGGUCCAAGUGGACGAAGAAGACACUGUCGACAUCAGCACCAGGAUCCUGACAACCAACAACGCCACGGAUGAGAUCUUGCUGGAAGGAGACUUGCUGGCUCCCAAAUCAAGAAAUGCCAUAAUGUGCUGGUCCCAGAACUGCCUGUGGAGGAAAGCCUCCAACGGCCUGGUGAUGAUCCCCUUCACCGUGAGCAGUGAGUUCACCAGCUGGGAGAGGCAGAAGAUCGACAACGCCAUGAAGGCCUUCCACAGCAGCACUUGCCUCCACUUCGUCCCCCGUCAAAAUGAGUACGACUUCAUCAGCAUCGAGAACAGAGCCGGAUGUUUCUCGGCUCUGGGCAGACAGGGAGGCAGACAGGUGCUCUCUCUCAAUAAGCAGGGCUGCCUCUACCACGGCAUCAUCCAGCACGAGAUCAACCACGCUCUGGGCUUCCAGCACGAGCAGACCAGGAGUGACCGCGACUACUACGUCAGGAUCAACUGGGAGAACAUCAACCCACAGAUGGCUUACAACUUCUACAAGCAGAACACCAACAACCUGAACACUCCCUACGACUACUCCUCCAUCAUGCACUAUGGAAGAACAGCUUUUUCCAUCCAGUACGGCAGGGACAGCAUCACCCCCAUCCCCGACCCCAACGUCCAGAUCGGCCAGAGGCAGGGCUUGUCCUACUGGGACAUCAUGAGGAUCAACCUGCUUUAUGGUUGCUAACGACAAAACUUCCUAUCCAUUCUGAUCCAAAGUCCUCAUUCAGCAUAACAAUAAAAACAGUUUUCUAGUUAUCUAUCCAGUUAUUCAUCAAAAACUACUAGAGCCUGUGAUCAUCAUCAGCUAUGGAUUUCACUUCCUGUGACAUCAUUUUGUUCCUCAUGUCUAAAAUACCUGCUAUAAAGCUGAAUGCAAACUAAAUAAAAAUAAUGUUGGGCAGCAGCAU